UCUGAACCUUCGGUUGCUUUGGCAAGUCUUGUGCAGCAUAUCCCUUUACAAAUGAUUACAGUCCUGAUUGGAAGCCUUACCACAGAUCCAAAUGUAAAAGAUGCAAGUAUGACACAAGCUUUAUGCAGGAUGAUUGACUGGUUGUCCUGGCCAUUAGCUCAGCAUGUAGAGACCUGGGUGAUAGCAUUACUGAAAGGACUGGCUGCAGUUCAGAAGUUUACUAUCCUUAUUGAUGUUACUUUGCUUAAGAUUGAAUUGGUAUUUAAUCGCCUUUGGUUUCCACUGGUGAGACCUGGUGCUUUGGCUGUCCUUUCUCAUAUGCUGCUCAGUUUUCAACAUUCUCCAGAGGCUUUUCACUUGUCCCUCCAAUACACCUAUCAACCUUAUGGAAUAGGAAUGGCUCAUGCAGAGUGA